AUGGUGCGUGAAGAAAUGAAGACAGGGAAACAAAUCAUUUUUAAUAUAACUUUCGACGAAAUGCAUAUCAAACAGCACAAAUUCUGGGAUAAAAAUUCUCACUCGUGGCAAGGCCUGGUAGAUCAUGGUGGUCAAUUGAGCGAACAGGGCGAAAAUGGGAAAAAACAAGAAGCCACAAAAGCUUUAGUGUUCAUGGCAGUGACCAUAAAUGCUGGUUUCAAAGUUCCAGUAGCUCAUUACCUUAUAAAUUCACUCAAUGAUACAGAAAAAGGUAUAUUACUAAAAGAUCUGCUAAUAAAGUUACAUGAAAAAGAUAUCAAGGUCGCUAGUGUAACAUUUGACGGAGAUAGGGCUCACAAAACAGCUUGUCACUCGUUAGGAGCAAACUUAAACUACAGCGACAAAGAAAAUUUCAAGCCUUACUUCGAUCAUCCG